CCGUAAAAAGGGAAAUAAAGAAAAGAAAACCCCCCAUUUUAAUUUUCUCUUCCAUUUUUUUGACUUUUUAUUAUUUGUUCUACAUUUUUAUAUCUCUCGGUGGAGGAAUGCUUGUCACCUACUCCUCUCAUACUUGGUACUCCAUCCCUUCCCUUCCCUCUCUCCCUCUCUCUCUCUCAAAGCGCAACACAACAGCAAUAAUCAUAGCAGCGCAAUUCAAUUCACCAAAAUGCUAAUACUCUCUUGAACUCCGUUCCUUUGAUUCGCCAUGGACAAGCACAAGUGCAAGCUUUGCUUCAGGAGCUUCUCCAAUGGCAGAGCCUUGGGGGGUCACAUGCGCUCUCACAUGAUGAACCUUCCUCUCUCAAAGCCCGAAGAAGCGUCCCCGCGAACCAUCCAACUCAGCUUCGAAGCCGAAUCAGCUUCUUCCUCGUCUUCCUCAUCCGAUGAUGACGAAGACGGUGACAAGUGUCUCUGUUAUGGCCUCAGAGAGAACCCCAAACGAAGCAUUCGCCUCGUGGAUCCCGAAUUCUCGUUCGCAGCUGCAGACACUGGCUCCGCGAUCCUCCAUGACAGAGAGAGCGAGUCCGAGUCAUCCAAGAGCAACCCAACUCGUAAAAGAUCCAAAAGGCCAUGGAAUAACAAUAAUAAUAAUAUUAAUAGCAGAAAUUAUUAUUAUUAUAAUGAUCAUAAUAAUGAUACUAACAACUAUACCACCCCCAGCAUCAAGAAGCAAGUUUUCGGAACCGAACAUGAAGCCCUGAUGAAGAAGAAGAGUAAGACAGAAUCGUGGGUGGAUCACGAACCUGCGAGCUCGGUCUCCGAAGCAACUACCGAGGAAGACGUGGCGUUCUGUCUGAUGCUGCUUUCCAGGGACAAAUGGAAGCGACAUAAGGACCAACCGCAAUUCAUGGAUGUGGAAGAUCAAUACGAGGAGGAGGAAGAGGAAGAGGAGGAAGAAGAGGAGGAAGACGAAGCAUUCGAGGAGAGCGAGGAAUCGCAAGAGACGAUGAAACUUUGCAAGAACCGAGUACGAGGAAGGUACAAAUGUGACACGUGCAACAAGGUGUUUCGAUCGUACCAAGCUUUGGGGGGCCACCGAGCGAGUCACAAGAAGAUCAAAGUGAACGUGAAAGUGGACGGUGAAGAAGCGGAAGUUGAGCACAGGAAGAAAAGUGGGACGUGUGGCGUGGAGAAGAAAAUCCACGAGUGCCCCGUUUGUUUCAGAGUCUUCGCUUCGGGUCAAGCACUUGGAGGACACAAGAGAACCCAUGUUACUGGGUCAGCACCCUCAACAGUUCCAUCAACUUCAGCAAAGUUUGGAAACAGCUUCAUAGAUCUCAACCUGCCGGCUCCGAUUGACGAAGACGAGGCUAGCCAAAUCGAGAACUCUGCUGUUUCCGAUGCGGAAUUCGUCAAAACCCGAUAGGUAAAAGAGAAAGGAUCAAAUUUUUUGGUGCCCGGAGAUAAAUUUAUUUUUGAUAAGUUUUAUAUAUGUUCUGCAAAUUAGAUAAUAUGGUUACUCUAUAUUAUUCAUGUAAUGUUAUAAAUUAUAAUCAUAUAAUUCUUCCAAGAU